AUGCUUCAAACGAUAAGAUCUCGCGUUUCCGAAGGUUGGCGAUCUUUACCGCUUCCUCUGGCUCAAGGACAGACGUCUUUAGCAAUGCGGCCACCAUUUUUACGUCAAUCGACUGUUGACAGCUCAUCUUCGGGUAAAGAUAUGGACGGGUCGUCAAGUUGGAGUUCUCCAGUCAAGUACAAACCCAGUGUUUUUGCGAAAAGUCGAGAGCUGGGUAAACUUGACCCCAAGCUCUACUUGAGUGAAACGAAUGAGGACUUGUACGAUGUGCCAAUGGAGCACUUGGGUCGCGUUUGGUUCACCAUCUCCUAUGAUGAAAACUCCGAGCAACUGAGGAUCAUCAUUCACAAAGCUCGAAAUCUUCGACCUCCUCACUACCAGUCCCUUCGUGCCUCUGCUUCAACAGCAACCUCCGGAAAUGCUGGUGGUGGCUUUAUUUCAGCUCAUGACGUCACAGCCCUCUCUAUUCUCACACCGGUGCCAACUCAGGAUUCGCGUAUUCGAAUUAUGUUUUAA